GUGGUAUCAUGACAACCUUACCCGGCAUGCAGCAGAAGCACUGCUGCUUUCCAACGGGCAGGAUGGAAGCUAUCUCUUGAGGAAGAGCAAUGAAAAGGAAGACUUGUACUCCCUCUCUGUAAGGGGAAAAGAUUCUGUGAAACACUUCCACAUUGAACAUACAGGAACUUCAUUCAAAUUUGGAUUUAAUGAAUUUUCUAGCUUGAAGGAAUUAGUCAUGCAUUUUGCAAAUCAGCCUUUAAUUGGAAGCGAAACAGGAACCUUGAUUGUGUUGAAGCAUCCCUACCCACGGGAAGUGGAAGAACCUUCCAUCUACGAGUCUGUCCGAGUUCACACGGCGAUGCAGACGGGAAGGACAGAGAGCGACCUUGUUCCAAACGCUCCCUCACUCGGUACAAAAGAAGGAUAUUUGAUAAAACAAGGCAAAAUAGUCAAGAAUUGGAAGACAAGGUGGUUUACAUUACAUAGGAAUGAACUGAAGUAUUUCAAAGACCAAACAGCCACAGAACCAAUUCGGGCACUUGACUUGACUGAAUGCUCAGCUGUGCAAUUUGACUAUUCCCAGGAAAGAGUCAAUUGCUUCUGUUUGGUGUUCCCACUGAGGACAUACUACCUGUGUGCAAAAACUGGAAUAGAAGCUGACGAGUGGAUUAAAAUCCUGCGAUGGAAGCUGUCACAAAUACGGAAGCAACUGGAGCAGCGUAACACCACCCUCAGUGCCUAG